GGCUGGAUGAGUGUUGUGAUCCCGCAGGCGUUGCUUGAACUGAGUCGCUGUGCCAGUCACUGCUGCGGAUAUAAAAACCCAUGAUUUCCACUAGACUUUUACAGAAAGGCGUCGGUGCCACCCUUUGCAUUAGACGUCUGCACUCUACACCCAUCACCAGCAUGUCGAUUCAGGUUGGACAACAUCUUCCCGAUGUACUGGUGCAGGAGGGAGACCCAGAAAAUAAGAUCUCAAUGGCCCAGCUCUUCAAGCGCAAAAAAGGAGUGCUUUUUGCUGUGCCAGGAGCAUUCACACCUGGAUGUUCAAAGUCUCAUCUCCCAGGGUUCAUCCAGAUGUCUGUGAACUUGAGGGCCAAAGGUGUGACUGAGAUUGCAUGCGUGUCUGUUAAUGAUGUGUUUGUCAUGACCGCCUGGGGAAACCACCACAGAGCAGACGGCCGGGUGCGGAUGCUGGCUGAUCCCACAGGAGCGUUUACCAAGGCUAUAGGUCUCUCCCUGAACGAUGAUGGGUUGAUCCAGGUGCUUGGUAAUGUGAGAUCUCAAAGGUAUGCCAUGCUGAUUGAAGACGGAGUGGUCAGGAAGCUCAACGUGGAGCCUGAUGGGACAGGUCUGACCUGCAGCUUGGCCCCAAACUUUCUCCAAGAGCUUUAGUUACGGACUAUAACCAGUUUACACUGUAUAAUCGGUCACCCUCUUGUCAUAGACCCUAUUUCCUGAAAAUCAUUCCAAAAACAGUGUAAUAGAAAUUCCCAACAUUGAAAAACACUAUUGCAUAUGCUGUGGGGAAACCCAUAUGAGGAACUAGUUUACAUGGAGCAAUAAAUCAUUGCUUCCUGAUGUGGUUGAACACGCACAAGUUUGGCUGUAUUGCGCACAAAUCCCUUUAUCUGAUGGUUAUGUGAUAACCUACAGUGUAGUGGUUUACCAAAGCAGCAAUAAACAUUUUCCUCAUGACUGCA